AUGACAGGUGUGUACGCUGCGGCUUGCAAUGUCGAGACAGUAUCGUCAUCACCAGCGUUUGACGCGAUCAGCUUCACCAUCAGCGUUGCCAAGCCCUCAGACGCUGCUGACGUUGCAGCUCUGGGCGGGGGCGUCUUUUUCGAGUCAUUCGCAUGGUCGAUGCCGGCGCAGGACAUGGACAACUAUCUCAAGAGCUCGUACAGUUCAGAUGCCAUUCGCGCCGAGAUCCAAGACACGAUAACAUAUCGAUUCUACGUAGCACGUGAUAGCAAUGAUCCCGGUCGCUUGCUGGGCUUCGUCCAGCUCAAUCGCUUCUCGGAUGAGCCAUGUCUCAAGAUCAAGCCGCCUGACACCAUUGAAUUACAGCGCAUCUACACCGACUCGAAGGCACACGGACGAGGCGUGGGCACUGCAUUGAUGAAAACAGCAUUGGACUAUGCCAUCGAGCAAGGCUACAAGGCAAUGUGGCUCGGCGUGUGGGAACACAAUCUCAAGGCACAAAAGUUCUACCAGCGCAACCACUUUGAAAAGGUCGGAGACCACGAUUUCAAGAUGGGAAGCUGUGUCCAGACGGACUGGAUUCUCGAGCGCCACUUCUGA